AUGAGUACUACUAUUCAACAUAACCAAGCAACAUGCCGAAUAUUGAAUCCCAACCAACUACCUCGCAUUGAAUUACUUCUUUUCAAUGAAGUACAAGUGUCUUCUUUUCAAUCUGUACCAUAUCACUUCAUUUCACCAGACUGGUGGCCAAAAUCAGUUUUCGAACAAAUCUUUCCCAAUGGACAAAUAAUGGGCAAUGUUAACUUUAGUUUUGUACGAGUAGCUCAAGUGGAUGGCUUUCUCCUCGGUGAUUACAUAUUGUCACCGAAUAUCGAUCCACGAGCAUGGCUUCCUGCCAGUAAACUAUUUGUUCUCGGCUCUGAAUCAUCACUGCCCAUCGUCGAAACGAAAGCUAUACAACAAGAAACUGAAGCUGAAUGUGUACUCUUCUUUAUUCGAUCAAACGAAAACUGCGAGAGUUUAUUUGGCUGGUUGCUCGAGUUGCGCGGUAUUAUAACUAUCUCAGGACAUCAGCAUGAACACCUUCGUAAGAUUCUUAUACCGCAAAACAUUCAGCGUCGUGUACAGUUUGAUAUGUUUCAACAGUUACUUGGUCUCCCACAGUAA